CUCUUUCCUUUCUUUUCGUCAUGAUCGAUUGAUCGAGCGCUGGGCGCGUAUAGCUCCACCGAUCGAUCGCUGGGCAGCCGGGCAUUGUUUAAUCGCGCGCACGCCCCCACCCAUAUGCGCUUGGUGGUUGAAGCGCAGUGAUCAUUGGGGAGGAAGUCGCGAGCAAAAGAAUUUCUCCUCCGGAAUUUGUCCAUCCACUCGAGAAAACAAUGCGCCUUCGAUCGCGAGUGGGGGCUACAGUGAAGAUUCUCGAGUAAACAAUCCAUUUGAUUUGACAUUCUUUUCCACUUUGCUCGUCUCCUCUUAGCUAGCGAUCGAUCGCGCCAGCCAAAAGCAUCCAACUUCUUAUACUCCACAACCACUCUUUUCUCUUCCCAUUGUCUAGUAGCUCCCCCUCUCUCCACAUAGCGUAGGAUUUCUAGGAGAGUUCUUCGCGUCUUCUUGAUGAUCUUCCUCUUCCUCUUCCUCCACUACUCUUGAACUUGGAUGAUCUGGGAGCGCUGGAAGUCACGAUGCCGGCGUCGCCAAUCUCAUGCGCGGCCGCGAUUUCUUUCCUGGUGUGGAUGUGGAUCAUCGUCGCCAUCUCCGGGCAGCAGGACGAACAAAGCAUGGAUCCCGCGGAGAAGGAGGCCUUCUUCCAGGUGAUGGAGUCUCUAAACUCCGAGUGGGAUUGGAGGAGCUUGCUGCCGGAUCCUUGCGGUGAGAACACGCUCCAGGGGAUGAUCUGUGACGUCGUCGACGACGCGAAUUCCAGCUUCCCCAAUUCGAUCCAUCUGGUGGGCUUGAGCGUGGGGAAGAUCCAGAGCAACACGCCCUCUUGCAGCGCCAACGCGACAAUCCAUCCCUCCAUCGCCAAGCUCUCCCACCUCAAAUCCCUCGCAUUCUACGGCUGCUUCACGAAAUCCCCCGCUACGAUCCCCGCCUCCAUCGCCGCCAUCGCCACUCUCUCCACUCUCACCUUCCAAAACAAUCCCGCUCUCCAGGGACCAAUCCCUGCCGAGCUCGCCAAUCUCCGCCACCUCGAGCGCUUGAUCCUGGUCGGCAACGGCCUCGCGGGAGAGAUUCCAGCCGAGCUGGGCGAUCUCACGUCGCUCCAGCAGCUCGUCAUCAGCCAGAAUCCGGGGAUCCUGGGCGCGCUGCCAAGAACCCUAAAAUUUCUCUCCAGUCUCGUCAUCCUCGACCUCAGCCACAACGCCUUCGAUUCCAUCGCCAAUCUCUCGCUCGCCGGCCUCGAUCGCCUCCGCAAGCUCGACCUCAGCAACAAUCGCAUCAAUGCGACGCUGGGAUCGCUGGAAUCGCUGCCGCCGGGGCUGGAGCUCCUGGAUUUGAGCCACAAUCUCUUGCGAGGAGGAAGAGAGGGGAAUUUCCUCGAGCCACUGCUAGGGCUGGCGACAUUGCGGGAGCUCUACCUCCACAGCAAUCCAAUCCAGGGGGCGAUUCCAUCGAUCGGGUGGGAGCGAUUGGGGGCGAGCUUGAUCAGCCUGGACAUCUCGGAUUCCCAGCUCCGCGGCGCGAUUCCCAGCAAUCUAGGCGCGCUCCCGAGCUUGCGGUUUCUAGGGCUGGCCAGGAAUGAGCUCACGGGCGCCAUCCCGCGCGAGCUCGCGCGCCUGGACCAGCUCGCGGAGAUCAAUCUCAGCGAGAAUUCGCUCGCUGGGCCGGUGCCAUUCUCGAUCGAUUCCAUCACGCGAUUCGGCAGCAAGCUCAAGCUGGGCAACAACACUGGAUUGUGCUAUCCUCCCCAAAUCCUCUCCAUGAUCCAGCAGAGCUCUUCUUCCUCGCUUUCCUCGCAAGGAAUGCUGGAUCCUUGCGACAAAUCCACGCUGCCAGUGGCAUUCCAAGUAGGAAACUAUGCGCCGUCGCCAUCCUCUUCGAUCAUCGCUCGCGGAUCAUCCACUUUUGGUGUGAUCAUCGCUGCCACCUUCGCCACCUUCUUCGUCCAUUCGCAUUAGUAUAUCAAAAGGUGGUGGA